AUGAAGUACCCCAAGUCUUGCCGCCAAUGCCGGCAAUCCAAGCGCAAGUGCACCCGCAAGGGUCCCGGAGAGCCCUGUGAUACAUGCCAACAGCGCCGGUUGAGAUGUGACGGCCAGAUGAGGAGCCACUCGGCCGCCAGUGCACCCUUGACCCCUUCUGUUCCCUGGAAAGAUCCCCGAUCGUCUCGUACACAGGCCCAUUCUGAAGAGGAGACUCUUCCGGGUCUCUCUCGUGGAAUCAUUGUGGAGCUCGUGGGACAUUAUCUGAGGGCCAUUCACGACAAAUCCCACAGCCUCUUCCAUCCACCCACGUUGCACUCUCAGGUCCAGAAUGGCACCAUCGGGAAGGCCCUUCUGUAUGCUAUCUGUGCCAUUGGAUCCAAAUUCUCGGCCAAUCCUGAAGCAAGGGCACUGGGUCCUUGUUUAGCAGCCAAGUCGAAGCAGCUAUUACUGGCGGAUCUUGAGAAUAUAUGUCUUGAAAACCUCCAAACUUGCAUAUUGGUUGCAACACUGUGUGCUGGUAAUUGUACCAGAGGCACUGAAGCCCUUUUUUUGCGUAUUGCGCACUCCAUGGCCGAUAUAAUAGACCUGGACACUCCAACUCCAGGAGACACCAUUAUUGUCAGUGAGUGCAAGCGACGAACCUGGUGGUCGCUAUUCUACUCAGACCGGUGGUGCGUAUACGGCCUUGGUCUCCCAAGUCAGAUGCGAGAUCCUCCCGCAACAUUCUCAUUGCCGAUGAAUGAGAAAAUGUUUCACAAUCUGAGGCCUGACAUCGAUAUCAUGGAUGGUCCCUGGCAACCUGGUCUCUGGGCUCAGAAAUUGGCGCUCGUCCGAUUUUUUAUUCCAAUACUAGAGCUGAACCGGCUUGCUGCAAAGCAUAAAACUUCUACCGCGGAGUGCGAGCUAGAGGUUGAGACCUUGGCCCAAAAGCUCAAGAAUUGGGAAGACUCUCUACCAUAUUACGCCCAGAUGAACCUUGGGAAUCUCCAUAGGCAACAGGAAAAGGGAAUGGGAGGAGUACUUCUCACUCUGCAUCUCGUAUACCACCACUACUCGAUACUGCUCUUCUUUCGCUUUCUCGAGGACCAAAAAACUGACUCUACCGUCAGCCGAGCAUAUGCCACUCGUUGCAAAUCUCACGCCACCAUGUUCAACUCUCUUCUCCGUCAAUCCCGACAACUGAAGGCAUGCGAGGCCGUAUACCCCGUAGUCGGCCAUAUGGUGACAGUGGCUUCAGCAGUCUUGCUACACACGCUUUUGUUCGGCGACUUGGAGGAGAGUCGAGCCGCGAGACAAGAACUAGAAGAGAAUUUCGAAGCUCUCCUCGAGUUAACACAAUAUUGGCCUUCAGUGUCUAAAAUGAUCAAACGAUUGAAUAGGUUCCAGAACAUGUGCCUUCUUUCAACUGAUUCUCGUCCUCAUCAGUUAGAUGGAUGGAUGGUGAGGUUUUUAAUCGAGCGCGCGAUAUCUCUGACAGAUAGGCAUCUAGACGCAACACCGACCAUGCCUGAGUUGGAUUCAGAGGUUAUAUCAUCUAAAGCAAGAGAGUUCUCACAGCUUGGGAGAUUUAUGAACUUCAAAGAUUCGUAA